UGCGCGUCCGGCGGCGGCGGCGGCGGCGGCGGCGGCAGCGCCCCCGUCCGGGCCUCGGCCCCGCGAGAUGGCGCCGCCGGGGCUGGGCCGGGCGCUGGUCAGCGGCAAGUGGCUCUCGGAGGCCGUGCGAGCCGGGCGGGUGGGGCCGGGGCUGAGGGUGCUGGAUGCCUCCUGGUACCCGCCGCAGGAGCGGGACGCCCGGCGGGAGUUCCAGGAGAGGCACAUCCCCGGCGCGUCCUUCUUUGACAUCGAGGAGUGCCGGGAUCAGGCCUCCCCUUACGACUUCAUGCUGCCCAGCGAGUCCCACUUCGCCGACUACGUGGGGCGCCUGGGGGUCAGCAAUGGCACCCAUGUGGUGGUGUAUGACGGGGACGAGCUGGGCACCUACUACGCCCCCCGCGCCUGGUGGAUGUUCCGGGCCUUCGGGCACAAGGAGGUCUCCGUGCUGAACGGCGGCUUCAAGAACUGGGUGCAGGAGGGACACCCCGUCACGGCAGAGCUCAGCCCGCCCGCCCCGGCCGUCUAUCGGGCCAGGCUGAACCCCGUCUUGCUGAAGACCUUCGAGGAGAUGAUCCAUAACGUGGGGUCCCUGCGGUUCCAGGUGGUGGAUUCCCGCCCCGAGGGCAGGUUUCGGGGGACCGAGCUGGACCAAGGGCUGGAAUCUGGUCACAUCCCUGGCGCUGUGAACAUCCCCUUCCACUCGUUCCUAACAGAAACUGGCCAUGAGAAGAGCAUUGAGGAGAUCCAACAAAUAUUCCGUGAGAAGAAUGUGGAUCUCUCCAAGCCACUUGCAGCCACGUGCCGCAAAGGCGUCACGGCAUGUCACAUUGCCUUGGCAGCCUACCUGUGUGGCAAGCGUGACGUGGCUAUUUAUGAUGGUUCCUGGUCAGAGUGGUUCCACCGUGCCCCAGCUCGCUACAAGGUCUCUGAGUUGAAGCGCAACAAGGCCUAGAGGGAGAGUUGUUUCUUGGGCAAGGAGACCACACAGCUGCCUCCAGAUCAGGGUACAAGGGAAGGGAGGAGGUGGAAGUGAAAAAAAAAAUCAUGUUGAUUGAUAGUUUGCCUUUCUUUUCUAAGAAUCACUGGUAGAUUCCUAUUCACCUUUCGGUUUCUCACAGCGAAUAAAAUCUACUUCUAAGAUUA